UUGUUCAAAAUUAUCGAAUCUCAUUUACCUAUAUUUACCUGACGAUACUCAACUGUACUUAUCCUUUAAACCUGGAACUAUGUUGGAAGAAGCCAAUGCUGUUCGAGCAAUGGAAGCUUGUAUUGCUGAGGUACAUCAGUGGAUGCUCUCUCAAAAACUUAAGCUUAAUCCUGAGAAAACCGAGUUUAUGAUCAUUGGCACAAGGUAA